AUGACGACUAACCAUCUCAGAGCAAAGGGAUAUUGGAUCUUGGGUAGCAGCAACUUCAUCUCAAAAUUCAUCUCCCAAUGUGUAGUCUGUCGCAGACUUCGACAACCUCCACAAAUUCAGAAAAUGGCAGACUUACCCGAGGACCGUCUUUCCCCAGCUCCACCAUUUACCUAUGCUGGAGUUGAUUGCUUUGGGCCUUGGCUAAUAAAGGAAGGACGGAAAGAACUGAAACGCUAUGGUCUGAUAUUCACAUGUAUGGCAUCGAGAGGUAUUCACAUCGAAGUUCUACACUCCCUCUCCACCGACUCCUUCAUCAAUGGUCUCAGACGCUUCAUUUCUGUCAGAGGCCCUGUAAGACAAUUGAGAUGUGACAGGGGAACAAACUUUGUAGGUGCUGAGGCGGAGUUCAAACGAUGUGCUGAAUCCAGUGAGAAACAAGUAAAAGACUUUCUCCUGAAAGAGGGAUGCGACUUCAUCGCUUUCAAGUUCAAUGUACCUGCUUCUAGCCACAUGGGCGGAGUGUGGGAGCGGCAGAUCCGCUCCAUACGUCAGGUCUUAGAUGUUCUGCUACACCAGGCAGGCCAACAACUAGAUGACGAGUCGUUGAGAACUUUGAUGUGUGAGGCGGCUGCCAUUGUAAACAGUCGUCCGCUAACCACCGACCUCCUGAAUGAACCAACACAUUCCACUCCAUUGACUCCUAAUCAUCUGUUGACUCAAAAGUCGAGGGUCAUUCUUCCACCCCCUGGUAGUUUCUCUCGAGAAGAUGUCUACGCGAGGAAACGAUGGCGGAGAGUACAACACUUGACAAAUGAGUUUUGGUGUCGAUGGAAGAAGGAGUUUCUUUGUCAGCUUCAGUCGCGACAGAAGUGGACCAAGCCACAUCGCAACAUGAGAAUAGGAGAUAUGGUAAUUAUUAAAGACGAUAACACUCCUCGCAAUGUUUGGCCUCUUGGAAGAAUCGUUGAACUGUAUCAAUCAAAGGAUGACUACAUUCGUAAGGUUAGGGUCAUGGUAGGAGACAGAAAAUUAGACAAUGUGGGGAAACGAAGUAACCCAGUGACUUACCUUGAUCGUCCCAUCCACAAACUAGUUCUUCUUCUUCCGAGUGAAGACCAGGAAUAA